CCCCGUCCCAGCUGGCCGCCCAGUCGUCCUCUUUCCUUUCUUCCCACUUCACGCCCGUUCGUCCCAGCCCUUCAGACCUCGCUCGCCAUCAACAGCGCCAGAAUACUGAAGCCUCCACCCUUCGUCUCAAGUACAUGCGAACUUUCCGCGCGACGGUACCCGCAACUGCGAAACGACACAUCCCCCCUCUCCCCGAUCGCCCCUACUCACACAAAAGCCAAAAGGAUCCGUAAACGCCUCGACAUUUUGGAACAAAUAACCCCGUUCAUGAUCUCGGCCAAACCGAUUUCGUGCGACUACGAUUGA